AUGGGUCGUCUGCACACGUUAGAAUUGGAAAACUUCAAAUCAUAUAAAGGGAAACAAAUCAUUGGACCUUUCAAACAAUUCACUGCCAUAAUUGGUCCAAAUGGCUCAGGAAAAUCCAAUAUGAUGGACGCAAUUUGUUUUGUGUUAGGAGAAAAGGCGAGCAAUCUGCGUGUCAAGAGACUGAAUGAUUUAAUACAUGGUGCACCAGUUGGUAAGCCGGUCGCGAAUAGAUGCCACGUAACGAUGAACUUCGAGGACGAUGAUGGACAUAUGCGAACAUUUACACGUUCAGUCAGUGGAGCUGGUUCUGAGUAUCGGAUUGAUUCAAAGGUGGUCACACCGCAACAGUACAAUCACGAAUUAGAGGAGAUUAACAUUUUCAUCAAAGCAAAAAAUUUCCUCGUUUAUCAAGGGCAAGUGGAACAAAUUGCGAUGCGUAAUCCAAAAGAGCGAACUCAACUUUUCGAGGAAAUAUCUCGAUCGUGUGAAUAUCAAAGUGAUUACGAUCGACUGAAAGCUGAAAUGAAUAAAGCUGAAGAAGAUGCGGCGUUCAAUUUGAACAAAAGACGAGGUAUUGCUCAAGAGAAACGAGAAGCAAAAAUGGAGAAAGACGAAGCUGAGAAAUAUCAGUUGAUGAAGGACGAUUUGGCAGCGAAACAAAGGCAGAUGUAUCUGCUGCAAUUAUAUCACGCCGAGAAGAGUGUAGCGAAUUCAAGUGGAGAGUUGCAACGAAAGAAUUCAAUCGUUGAAGAAUUGGUGAAGAAGAAAGAGGAAUGCGACGAGAUUGUCGCGAUGAAACAACGCGAACACAAGAAACUCAUCAAAGAAGUGCACAAAAUGGAGCAGAAAACACUCGAAAAGGAGAAAGAAGUCACAACGCAAAAACCCCGUUAUGUUGCUGCCAAGCAAGAAGUGGUUCACGUCAAAGCAAAACUCGAAACAGCCACCAAAAUGCACACUGCGGCGCAGAGGUCGGCUGAAACGCAUGAGAAGAACGUCCUGGCUUUAAAGGACAAGAUUGUUGAAGUGGAAAAAAAGAAGAGCGAAUGUGAAGGGAAACUUGCCGCCGAGUCACAAUCUCUCGAUAUGCAGCUUAGUGAUACUCAGGUGACUGAAUAUUAUGCACUGAAAGGUGAAGCGACAAAACGAUGUGGUAUGUUGGAUAUGGAGUUGAAUAAGUUAUUGCAAGAAAGAGAAACCGACCGAAAUGCGCUCCAGUUCGAGCAGAGGAGACUGAUACAGGGUGCCGAACGCGUUAAGAAUAAAGAGAAUGAAAUCGAAAGGAACGCACGACAAGCAGAGCAUCUCUCUGAAAACAUUCAAGCACAAACAACUCUGCUCGAUGACGAGAAAAAGAAUCUUCAUCAUCUUGAAAACCAGGUACGUGAGUCAAAAGAGAAACUCGAGAAGGUAGCGAUAGAGCUGAACGAUGUGAGCCGUCAGUUGUCGGAUGCUCAUGGUGAUACGGCCGAAUCCGAACGAAAUCGUAGACGGAAUGAAGCGAUCGACAGCUUGAAACGAGUAUUUCCGGAUCGUGUUUAUGGUCGUUUAGUUGAUCUUUGUCAACCUUCGCAUCGUCGUUUCCAGUUGGCUGUUACAAAGGUUCUAGCGAAAAAUAUGAUGUCAAUAGUAUGCGACACAGACGAAACUGCACGGGAAAGUAUUGUCUAUCUGAAGGAGCAACGACUUCCACCGGAAACCUUUUUACCGCUUUCGAUUCUUGACGUUCAUCCGAUCAACGAGAAGCUUAGGGAAUUAACAGAUCCACGCGGAGUGAAAUUGGUGUUUGAUGUGAUUCAGUGCAAUAAUCCAGUGGCAAGAAAAGCUUUGCAGUUUGCAUGUGGUAAUGCAUUAGUUUGUGAGACAGCUGAAGAUGCGAAGUAUUUGGCAUACGGAAGUGCAUCGGAUCGUUACAAAGCGAUUGCUUUGGACGGUACUCUUUUCCAGCAGAACGGUGUCAUAUCUGGCGGAGGUCAAGAACUGAAAGUACGAGCGAGGAAGUGGGACGAGAAUGCAUUGAGGAAGUUGAAGGAACGCCGUGCAGUGUUACUCGAAGAAAAUCAGCAGUUACACCGCACACGUAAAAAGGAAUUAGACGUGGAAAUGAAACGAAAUCAAUUGGUACAACUUGAACAAAGAAUCAAAUACACCAGAAAUGAACGUCUCAAAAUUGAAAAUCAAACAGCGAAACGUCUUGAACAAGAGUUGGAGACAUUGAAUGGUGAACUAGCGGUCAUUCAGCCAAAAAUUGACGAAAUCGAGCAGCGAAUGUCUGAGAGGGAUAUUCAAAUCAAGAAAUUGCAAAAGAAACGUGACAGUGUAACCGACGAAGUUUUUUCCGAUUUUUGUCAACGAAUCCACAUUAAAGAUAUUCGUAAAUAUGAACAGCGCGAAAUGCGUUUUCAUGAGGAAAUGCAAGAACAACUGAAGAAGUUUGAUAACGAAUUGGAUCGAUUGAAAAAUGAAAUGGAUUAUUUAAAGUCUGACGAUAAAUCAAUACGUGAAAAACAAGAAGCAGACAAAGUGAAGAGGCUAACAAAUGAUUUGCAUGAAUUGAAAAGGAAGGAGGAACGAGAGCAUAAGAAACUGAAAAAUCUGGAAGCGGAAUACGAACAAAUGAAGAUGGAGAUUGUCUCGAAGAAAGCAGCUGUUGAAGAUAGCGAAUGUGAGAUUAACGUAGUCAAGAAAAACGCUCAACAGGCAGCGCGUGAGGUGAGUGCUGAAGAAAAGUUGGUGCUGGCAUUGGAGCAAGCGAUUGUUCGACGCCGUAACGAACGUCACUCGAUACUGCAUUCGUGCAAAAUCAACGGCGUUGAGGUGCCUUUAACAAAGGGAUCGUUAGCUGAUGUUGACGCUGAUGAACAAAUGCCCACCACAAGUAGUGAAGACCCUACGCAGCCGAGUCAACCGACACAAGAGCAAAUGGAUCGCGAAGCAAAAAUCAAAAUCAACUUUAGAUCGCUUCCGGAUUCAUUGAAAGAGCUGGAUGAUGAAGAAGACGUCAAAAAGGCUGUUGAAAAACUUGCGAAGGAAGUGGCUGAUACACAGGCGGUUAUUUCACGAAUCAGUGCACCGAAUCUAAAGGCCAGCGAACGAAUGGAAAUAGUCAAAGAAAAAGAGGCUGAAACAACAGAGGAAUGUGAAACGGCCCGAAAGAAGGCGAGAAAGGCAAGGCAGCUGUUCGAAAAAGUCAAAGCUGAUAGAUAUAAGCGUUUUCAAGAGUGCUUUGAACCAGUGGCACAAAAAAUUGAUGAAAUAUAUAAGCAGCUGAGUCGAAAUGAAAGUGCGCAAGCGUUUUUGGGUGCAGAUAAUAUGGAGGAGCCGUACUUGGAGGGUAUCGCGUAUAACUGCGUAGCACCGGGUAAACGAUUCCGACCGAUGGAUAAUUUGAGUGGUGGUGAGAAGACGGUGGCAGCUCUGGCGCUUUUGUUCGCAAUGCACGCUCGUAAUCCGUCACCGUUCUUUGUACUCGAUGAAAUUGAUGCAGCGCUGGAUAAUACGAAUAUUGGAAAGGUGGCAAGUUUCAUCAGUGAACGUGCACGUUUGGAUAUGCAGUUAGUGGUGAUCUCACUGAAGGAGGAAUUCUACAAUAAGGCGGAUGCUUUAGUUGGUAUCUAUCCACAGCCAGCCAACUGCACUGUUUCGGGCGUUUUAACGCUUGAUCUGACUACCUUCAAACAGUCGCAUCUUGAGACAUCCAAUGUUGAAUAG